CAAUAUGAAUAUUCCUAUUCAUCGGAAAUAUGUGUAGAAAUUAUUGAUAUAUAUUUCUGUACCUGCGCUCUCUCAUUUCAUCUGAACGUGGUUGUUGAUGUUCAUGUACACGUUACAGCACCCUCGUACCCGACAGCAGUUAUAUUAAUCGAACAGCCGAAGAGGAAUCUGAUGAUUUAGACGAAAACAAAGCAAAACUCAAAAUUCAUAGACUGGGGGUAGGAGAGACAGUUAUACUUUCGGGAAAAUAUCCUGUAUCUUGAAGACGUUGAUGAAGGGGUCGAUGCGAAAGUCUGGAACUUCUCCAAUAUCAAUAAGUUGUCCAAAACUAAUAAGAAAAGAUCAGUUGACGAAGAAACAAAAACACGGAAAACCACUUCCCCUGCGUUCAUCAACCUUCCUCAUUCGAUCCUUAGCAUUUCAUGUCCCCAUUCUUAAAAUCCCGACUGCAUAUUACGACGUCACGAUACUUAUAUACAAUUGAACGACUUUUCAAUAUACUUUUUUCUUCUCCAUGAUCGGAUAAGGAGAGUGAGUAUCUUGAAUUCCAAAGCAAGAUUCUAUUCUCCGCCAAAUCUCGGAGACUCCAUCAAUCACUUCGUCUCACUAAAGCAGCUCCAGACGAGAGGAAUAAGAAACACAGCUUUGAUUGAUUACGAGAUAUUUAUUAUACCAGAAUUGUCCUCCAGGUUAUUUAUUAUACGGAGCGUUUCUUCCAGUUCGACAGAUAUCGGUACAUUGUCGAGACCCUGCUACCAACCAUACGAUAAGGCGAUAAAAUAAAUACAUCAGUCUAUAUAUCAGUCUAUAGUCCCCAUACCAAUCUAUAUAUACUCGUACCCAUUCAUACUCAUCAGGUACCAAUACCAAUACCAAUACCAAUACCAAUACCAAUACCAAUACCAAUACCAAUACCAAUACCAAUACCAACACAAAAUCGAUUGUACGACACUUGAUGCAUCGAAUGAAUGGUCUCUCUCACCUCGAUUAUGCUCGAUACAUUGACCACUCAUAACUUGAGACUCUGACGUUCACCCCCGUUGGAUUCCGAGCUAAUCCUUUGAGGCUGUUUUACGGAGUUACCAGCAACUUGCAUCAUCAUUUUCUUCAAGUUGCAUUUUCCCCUUUUCUUCCUUUGUUCCUUGGAGGAAGAGAGGUUCGAAUUGAAGUAGCACCGCAUAGACGGCCCUUUUUUGAAGGGAGACUAAGAUAAAUUAACCAAUCACAGCAGCAGGGUCUUUGAGAAUAAGUGGGUAAUCUUGGGUCCAACUCCAGAGUCCAAACUCUGCCCCUCCAAGAUUUCCCGCGCUUUGUUUUGUGCUACGAGGGUUUUCUCAUAGUCUCAUAGAAAAAAAGAAUUGCCCCGCCUUCCCGCCAAGUUGGCCAGAAACUCACCCAUCCUAAUCAAAAUUACGUCCUCAAUUGGAAAGGGCGACCCGCCCGCCAACUACAAUUCUAAAAAGAAGAAGUUUCCCUCCAUUUCCGAAUGGUAUACUCAUCAUUCUCGUUCUUCUUCUUCUUCUCCUUCUUCUUCUCCUUCUCCUUCUCCUUCUCCUUCUUCUUCCCCUACUUCUUCUACUCCGAACUUUCCUUCAACAAUCCCAACACCGUCACAAUCAACAUACCCAACGCUAAACCUUAACGAAUCCAAAUCAUUUAGAUCCCAUAAGGUAUCGAGACCGGAUCAAAUCAGCCUUGUGCAUUUAGCCUCUGUUACUUUUAUAGUUGUUGUCUUGGUAAAUUAAUCACAAGCUCCCAUUGUCAUGUUGGUUAUUACUAAUUUAUUAUAUAUAGAUUGUUCAAUUCUUAUUCACUGAUACCCCUCCUCUUUAUUCAAUUGCACCCCGCCCAUAUUCACCAACAUCAUACUCUCCUCGAGCCAACUUCUUAGAUCAAGGCACUUGCGAAUCUCCACAUCCAUUUCCUACAGAAGCACCAAUAUCAAGACCACACAAAAUGUCUUUGUUAGCAGAUUCAAAGCGCGUUGCCGCGGAGUUUGAAUACUCGGAUGAGGAUGUGCGCAGAGGUGUUGCGGAAUUCAUCGCGGAGAUGAGUAUGUGUAUCUGCCAACCAACUUAUGACAUGGAACUAAUAUUUCCAUAGAUGAGGGAUUGAAGAAGAAUGCAACAAAUAUGAGCCAAAUUCCUACAUAUGUUACCGGAGUACCUAAUGGCACAGAAAAGGUCGGAAAAGAAGGCCCGCAUUUUUUUUUUUUGCAAGAGCUGAUGAAUCAUAGGGACUUUACCUGGCGGUUGAUCUUGGAGGAACCAACUUCAGAGUUUGCUCGAUUCAGUUGCACGGAGAUACCACAUUCAGUCUCACACAAUCGAAGGUUGCGAUACCAAGGGAUUUAAUGUUGGCGAAGACCGCCUCGGACCUCUUUUCGUUUUUGGCAAAACAAAUCGAACUUUUUCUCAAAACCCAUCACGAGGACCAUUUCGCAGCCCACAUUAGACGUCGCAACACCGUCAGUACACCGGAAGGGUUCAGGGAUGAGCACAUCUUCAGACUGGGCUUCACAUUCAGUUUCCCAGUUCAUCAAAUCGGUAUCAACAGAGGAACUUUGAUUAGAUGGACAAAAGGUUUCGAUAUUGCCGAUGCCGUUGGACAAGACGUAUGUGAAUUGUUACAAAAGGAGAUUGAUAAAUUACAUCUGCCAGUGAAGGUCGCUGCUCUUGUGAACGACACAGUUGGAACCUUGAUGGCAAGAGCAUACACCUCUCCUGGCAAGGCUCAGACUCUACUUGGAGCCAUUUUUGGUACUGGUACCAAUGGCGCAUAUGUCGAGAAACUCGAAAAAUUGACUAAGCCCGUGGGAGGAGAUUUUGACAAAACAACUGGUGAAAUGGUUGUCAACACAGAAUGGGGCUCAUUUGACAAUGGCCUCAAGGUAUUGCCAAAUACCAUUUAUGACCAAAUUCUUGAUAGGGAUAGUGUCAACCCUGGUAUUCAAAUGUUUGAAAAGAGAGUUUCUGGUAUGUUCUUGGGUGAAAUCCUCAGAACCACUCUCAUUGAAAUGAUGAAGAGCCCGAUCAGCACCCUUUUCAAGGAUAAGUCAUCGGCAGAUAACGAUUAUAGCUCGACUACCAAUAUCGAUGAAAAUGGUGCUCUCUUCAAACAAUGGGCUGUCGAUAGUUCCAUCCUUUCAAUUGCUGAAGCUGACAACAGCAUUGGUCUGCGUGCCCUUCGCCAAGAACUUGAGAAGUCACUUGGUGUCUCAGCUGCCUCAUUAGAAGAUGCUCAAACUGUUAAAGAAAUUGCCCAUGCUAUUGGUAAACGUGCAGCUCGUUUAGCUGCCGUCGCAAUUGGAGCUGUUGUUCUCCACACUGGCCGCCUUGAUAACAUACCUGAUGCGAACAAACCAAAAUCAACAACCUCUAUCGUUCAGGAUGUUAAGGAUUUGAAAAUUGCCGACGCAGCAUCAGCUACUGCUAGUAAGCUAGCAGAUGCAGCAGGCUUGAAAGUCAGUGAGGAAGAUAUUAUUGAUAUUGGUGUAGAUGGUUCUCUUGUAGAAUUCUACCCAGGUUUUGAAGAUUAUAUGAGAGAAGCUUUGAGAGCUAUGGAUGGUAUUGGAGCUGCUGGUGACAGAAGGAUCAGAAUUGGUAUUGCUAAGGAUGGAUCUGGAGUCGGUGCCGCAUUAAUUGCUCUUGUGGCGGCAGGAAUGGAGAAGCAACAGGAUUAUAUUGGGGAUUUGAGAAGUAAGUAUAGUGUUAUUACCGAAUAGGCGACAGGCGAAUAAUGGCUGUAUGACUUGGUAUGAGAUGAUUGAUGAAUGAAUGGCUCGUUGUUUAGGUACAACAAGAAGUGAAGUGGAAAUCUGAAUGGGUAGAUGGAUAGGGUCGGUGGUUUUUGGAUGCAUAACAUUUUGGGCAUGCGUUGCUACCAGGUGGCUAUCUUUUAUUUUUACAAAUAUCUUUUUACGGAAUGGAAUAUGAA